GGCGCCACCAUGGCUGACAGCCGAGGCGCUGCAGGCGAGGCGACCUCCGGCUCUCCCAGUCCAGCCGAGCUACCGCCGGGCGAGGAUCGCGUGGCGGGGGCGGCGGUCGCUCCGGCUCACGGUGGCCUGAACGCAGGGGCAGUGGCCCGGGAUCCGCCGCCGCUACCACUGCGGAUGCGGGAAGGUCGGACCGGGGGCCCCGCGCCCUCGGAGGCGGGGGGCGGAGUCCCUCCGGGCGGGCUGGCGCUGCGCUUCGACAAGCCCAUCAAGCAGGCCUUCUACAACACCGGCGCCGUACUGUUUGUGUGCCUGUGCUGUGGCGCCGCCGUGCUCGUGUACUUCAUCCUCGAGGCCUUCCUGCGGCCGCUGCUGUGGGCCGUGCUGUGCGGCACCUUCCUGCAUCCCUUCAAGAGCUCCCUGACGCGCUUGGGCCGCCGCUGGCUGCGCCGCCUGCACCGGGCGCACACGCCCAUCGUGUUGGCCGCGCUGCUGCUGCCGCUCUGCUUCGCCAACUACGGCGUGGAGGCCCUGGGCGAGCAGGUGCUGAGGCGCCGCCGCCUGCUGCUGCUGCUGGGCGCCGGCAUGCCCCUGCUCUACGCCCUCUACCACCUGGGCAGCUACCUGGGCGUGCAAGUGCUGCUGGCCCACGCCUGCAUCCUCAUCUGCCGGGGGCUGGACUACUUCAGCACCCUGUGGAUCUGGACCUUGGUAGUUGGCUAUGUGUUGGCUGUUUUAUUCAAGUGGAAUGCAAGUACUGAACGCUACUUGAGAGCAGUUUCAAUUCCUGUCUGGAUUAUAUUACUUUUCCAUUUAGCAUCUCUGGCAGGCUCCUGGAGGAUUCCAGUAUUCCUGGUCAUAGUUUUUCUGAUGUCUGUGGGUACUCUUUAUGAAAAACAGAAUGAAAAAGUCACCUCUGGGACAGAAUUACCUGGUCAGGUGAUCUCUAUUGCUGCUUCUACGCUGGCCACGUUUGCCAUGUCCAUUACAGGGUAUGAGGCAGGGCAGGAAGAACAGAAUUCAACCCAACAACCCACAGCAACUGCAAAUGAAGGAGAACCCCCCCGUACAUUUUCUCCUUCUUCCUCCUCCUCCUCCCCAUCCCCCACUCUGGGCAGACAAAGGCCUGAGAUUGGAACAUUUCUUAGAAAGAAGAAAACCAGUGAUGUCUACUUUGUCACCCUUGUAUGGGCCAUCAUCAUAGUCCAGAUCUGGUUGAAUUUGUGGAUUGUCCAGUUGCUUCCAGUGCCUGUUGCAGUCUGGAUACUCAAAAAACUUAUCAUACACUUUGGAGUUGUGGACUUCUUAAAGAAACGUUGCUAUGGAUGGUGGCAAGUUCUGGAAAAGUUUUUGAAGGAUCGGCAAGAAGCUCUCGCACCAUGGCCCAUUAUAGGGCUGGGAAAGUUCAUGUUAAAAGUUGAUAGCAAGCUCUGGCAUUGGCUUAAUAAGAAGAUGAUCGUGUGGUUGGAGAAAAUGCUAGAUAAAAUAAUCAGCAUUUUCAUCAUAUUUUUGCUAGUAAUAGGAACCCUUCUUCUGGCCCUACUUCUUACAGCAAAGGUGCAUCAAGAAAGUGUACACAUGAUUCAAGUCACAAGCAGCUUAAUCAAUGAGACUGUUGCCAACCACCCAGAAUGGGCAAAUUGGCUUCCUGAAGCUCAGGUAGUUCAAAGAGCUCUCAAUUCUGCAGCUAAUAAUGUCUAUCAGUAUGGACGAGAAUGGAUAACACAUAAGCUUCAUAAGAUUUUGGGAGAUAAAGUUAAUAAUACUGCUAUGAUUGAAAAGCAAGUACUAGAACUCUGGGAUAGACUCUAUCAUUCUUGGUUUGUAAAGAAUAUAACACAUUCUGGAAGGCACAAAGGUCACAAGAUGACUAUAACUCGUCAGAACAGCUGGCUUGGAGAUAUUCUGGACUGGCAGGAUAUUGCUUCCUUUGUUCAUGAGAACAUUGAGACAUUUCUUUCUAUCCUGGAAUCCCUAUGGAUUGUGAUGAGUCGCAAUGUGAGCCUGCUUUUUACCACAGUUACAACACUAGUGACUAUUCUUUUCUACAGUGGGACGGCCCUCCUCAAUUUUGUGCUAUCUUUGGUGAUUUUCUUGACCACGCUGUUUUAUUUAUUAAGUUCCAGUGAUGAAUAUUAUAAACCAGUGAAGUGGGUAAUUAGUUUGACACCACUGUCUCAGCCAGGCCCUUCAUCUAACAUAGUUGGUCAAUCUGUGGAAGAAGCCAUAAGAGGUGUGUUUGAUGCUUCCCUGAAAAUGGCUGGGUUCUAUGGAUUGUAUACUUGGUUGACUCACACCAUAUUUGGAAUCAAUAUUGUCUUCAUUCCAUCAGCGUUAGCAGCGAUCCUUGGAGCAGUACCAUUUCUGGGAACGUAUUGGGCAGCAAUACCUGCAGUCUUAGAUCUGUGGCUUACUCAGGGAGAAGGAUGUAAAGCCAUUUUGCUUCUGGUUUUUCACCUCUUACCAACCUACUUUGUAGAUACUGCAAUCUACUCAGAUAUAUCAGGAGGAGGACAUCCUUACUUGACUGGUUUAGCAGUGGCUGGUGGAGCGUACUACUUAGGCCUGGAAGGAGCGAUCAUUGGCCCCAUACUUCUCUGUAUCCUCGUAGUUGCUUCUAAUAUCUAUAGUGCCAUGUUACUAAGUCCUACUAACUCCAUGCCUACCCCAAGUCAGACACUGUGGCCUCUACAGACACAACGAGGAAUUUCUGAAGAUCCAAAAUCAUCAGAGUGAUAUUGCACCAACUUCUUUAAGAAAUUCUCCUUCCUAUAAAUUCAGAACAGCCAUGGACUUCUUCAGUCCUUCUAGCUGUAAUGAUCAAGGAAGGCCAAGUGAGCAGCAUUUUGGAAAGAAAAUGUUUCUACUGGCCUGCAAAUGGAACACUUUGAUUUGCAAGAAAGAACAAAUGCUGCUGGUGGAUUUGUAUAUUAACAUGCAACCUUACAGCAAAGAAACUUGUUUGAUGAUUAUUUUUUAGAAAAUUACCUUGAAAAGUUUUAAGUUAUACACUAGGGUCAUGGCUGUUACCUGCUGAACAGCUGACUUGGAUGUUUUCCUCUCUGGUAAUCGGUUUUGUUCAAAUAGCUUUGAAAAGGGCAAAAUCAUAGUUGUUUUUUCCUGAAGUGUUUAGGGAGAUGAAGGAUAUAUGUGCUUCCAGUAAUUUUAAGAGUUCUGAAGUACCUGUUAUUAAAAGUGCAUAUAACAUAAUUAAUUUAUUCUGCUUUAAGAAAUUUGUUUUAAAAUAUUUCCAUAAUCACUUUUCCAUGAAGAGUACUUUCAACUUAGAGAUUUGCAGCAUUCAACUGUGUGAGAAGGAAGGAUAGAUGAUCCUUCCAUCCUCUUUCCCUGCCUCCUUGCCAUUGUUAAGAAAGAAGAAACUGUUAUGAAAACAGCUGACUUGGAAUUUAGAUUUUACCCCUAAAUGACCCAGAAAGACUUCCCUAUGUAUAAAAAUGUAGCCACAUUCCUAAUAUUGAAAUGAAGUACUUUUUUUGGCUGCUUUUGCUAGCCCUGCAAUUAUUUUUAAAAAUAGGAUGUACGAUUAUGCAUUUUCCCCUAUGUUUUAAAUGGGGAUAUCAAGUGCAGCAAUGGUUUGAUUUCUAAAUCUGGUUUUUCUUCACAUUUGAAAUUCUGCUAACAUCAUUUAUUUAUUUUUAUUAAUAACACCUUGAGUUUAUAGGACACAUUUAACUUUUUAAAGCAUUGUUAUUACUGUUACCAUUUUCAUCCACAUAGAUUGAGAUACAGUAUAGCAGGUACUAUUGUCCCCAUUUUACAAAUAAGACUAUUACGGUCAUGCCUCGUUUUAGGGCUGGAAGGGAUUUCAGUUAUCUGCUGUCCCCCUUGUUUUAACGAUUAGGAAACUGAGGCCCAAAAUAGUUUCAAUGGCAUUCCCAGUCUCUCAUAUGUAGUAAAGUAGUGGUGUUGACAUUUGAAUCCAGGUCUUCUGACUUAGAAAAAUCUGAUGUCCUUUGUGCUAUACCACACUGCCUAGUGAAUGCUUCAAAAUAUAUCAUUUAAUUGAUGUGGAUACUUCCUGCAAAUUUAGAACAAAAGCUUCCACACCUUAGUCUAUUAAAAGAAUCUCAUGAGUUAUUAUGGCCAUAAAACUUUAAUCAACUAGUAGCCAACUUUCUGGUGAUGAUGAACCUCUGAAUUUAGUUGGGCUUGUCUUUGGUUGCCUAAAACCUUCCAGACUUUGUAUUCCAUUUACAUAGCCUUUGAGAACCAGUGCCAUCUCCUUACCAUAAUGGAGCUUAGGAAGAGGAUUUCAAAAAAGGGACAUUUGUAUAAUAUUUUAAGUUGGUUUACAAAGACUGUAGUUAUUUUUUUUUCUUGCUUCAUGAUUUACUCAGUAUCAGCAUUAAGCCAGAUUUCAAUAGAUGACUAUUUGGUGGUUUCUUCCACAAAACACUAGAUUCUUUAAAUUUAAUUUGCCAGCUAGAUAAUAUUCGACUGAGGGCAAAAAUCACAAAAGGUAAUCAAUCCUGCUUUAGUACAUCAGUCAUGAAUGGUUUAGACUUCAGGUGAGCUAUCAGAUAAAUGACAGACAAAAUAAAGAUCAUUCAAAUAAAUAUUCCAUUUGCUGUCUUGAAAUUUCCACAAAACUAGGACAUAGAAAAUGUCUGUUACAUUAAGGACUUUUCUAGAGGUCCCCAGCUAUAGGACCAAUGCGCUGAUCUUUCUGACAGCAGCCCCAUUUUCUUUUUGUGCCUCUUCCGUUUACAGCCCAUGUGACCUGAGGCAAGUAGCAUUACCUCUCAGGGCCUCCAUUUCUUCCUGUAAAAUCAAGUAAUCUAAUUAAUUAGAUGAUUCCCUAGGUUUAGAUUCAGUGAUUCUCUGCUUUUCAGUCGGUACUACUCCCACUUUAAAAUGUGAUUCAAAAUAUAGGUCUCCAGUGUUCUUAUAUCAAGGAAAAGAGAAGAACGGGCUUAAGAGUAUUUUGAAUUUCCUGGUAAGUUUUUUUAAAUAAAAAUGAUGGCAUGUUUGGUACUGAUAAAGCAGUUAAGUACUGAAGAAGCAGUUAAACAUGCAUUUAUGCUAUUGCAGAAAAGAAACUAAUUUUUUUUUAAAUAGCCUUAAGUUCCUGAUGUGCUCUUUCUCUGAGGUCUAUGAAUUAGAGCUUUUCAGCUGUUUACUUGGUGCAUAUAACAUACUAUGUCAAAUGUAGCUCUUGUAUUUUUACUCUGAAUAUAAAUAUAAAUAUUGUAUAUAUGUGUAUAUACACACACACACACACGCACACACACACAUACAUCUCUACCCUAAUGAUAUGACAGAGUAAAUUUAAAUCUGCCCAAGGUCUUUUCAAUGUUUGUCUACCUUUCACCUUUCAUUCUUCAUUUACUGAGCCUGUGUGCAUGGCCUGGGCUAGAGGCUAAGGAAGAUAUAAAAAUGAAUAAGGAAUGAACUGCCCUCAAGGAGGUUCUCAUCUUAAAGUGGCCUUUGUCUAAGACAAAAUUUUAAAUUCUACAUAAAUAGGGUUCAAAUAAAAAUAUUCUGGUCAGUGACUACAGAUGAUUCUGUAAUGGUAAUUAACACACAUCUGACACAUCUGUACCAGAAAUCAUGCAAAACAUUCUUUAUUAUGACUCUUAAGACUUAUUUAAUUUCAUCUAAAUAACAAGUUGCAAAUUGAAUAAGAAACACAGAUGGCAAUCGCUGUCCCCAUAACAUUGGUUAUGUUAAUUGAACAUUUAUUAAGAAAUAGCAUGGCACAGUGGGUAAAGAGCAGGCUUUGAAGUCAGAAAGACCUGGGUUCAAGUCCCACCUUUAGCAUUAUGCCUGUAAAGACCCUAAGCAAAUCACUUAACCUUAGUGUUCUUCACAACUAGAUGAGACCAUUUAAAUUACAAAGAAGGUGCCAACCUGAAUUGGUACAGGUAGCUUCCUUACCUGGGAGAUCUCUGUACCAGUGAAAUCACAUGACCAGUCCCUACCGUAUGUCUACAGGGCACUGUACUGAGUGUUGGGCUGAGUUCAGAAAUGAAAAAAGAAAAAAAAAAUCCUACCCUUAAGGAGCUUACAGUCUGGCUAGGAUAGAAGCAUAUAUACAGGGAAAUGUAAUGCAAGUUCUAACAAGAUAAACGUGUAGGAGAGCUCUAACACAGGAUGAGAGAUCGGGGAAGAAGAUGAUGUAUAACCGUUAUGUUCAUUGCCAUAAUAAGUAAAUGUGGCCUAUUUUCUAAUAUUAAACAUUAUGUAACUAAUAAUAUAUUAGUUACUGUUUUCACAAGACCUUCAUUUGCUUUUAUUAAAAAUCUCUAACUCCUUACAGGAGAGUUGAAUAGUUGUGAGACAUCAUUAAUCAUAGAUAGAGUCCCCAUCCCAGUUAUGUCAUUUUCUUUGUGAGUUUGGGCAAAAUGACUUAACCUCUGAGCCUCAGAUCCCUCGUCUACAAAUUAAGAAUAGUCCUAACCUGUCUUACAGGGUUUUCAUGAGGCUCAAAUGAAAGACUAUUUGUAAAAGCACUUUAUAAGUUGUAAAGCACCGUACAGAUGUAUGGUAAUAUCAUCACUGUUGUUGCUGUCGCUGCUGCUGUUGUUGUUACUGCUAUUAUCAUUGCUGUCGUUUGACUCAUACAGUCAUUAUUUCUUGACCAUCCAGAAGUACCAAAAAUGUAUUACCAAGUACUUGCUUUAUCCACUAUAUUACCUUUUAUAAUAAUUCCACAUUUAUAUCUCAUGUUACACCAAGCUUCAGAAUUACCCACCUAUCAGAAGGUAUGGGCAUGUUCAAUACCUAGUUCUUAAUAUUGGGCUCUUAAGAAAGAUUAUUCACGUGGCCUUCCCCCUCGGAUUUUCCGGGCAGGUUACUUUCUCAAGCAGCCAGAGUUCUGUCCAUAUUCCAGUCCUAAGCUUCUAAUCCCUCUGUGAGCCUGCUAAACCUUAGUAAAACUUGGAGUCACAUUCCAAUGGAAGUAUCUUCUGCCCAGUUCUUUCAAAAUGUUUAGGUAAUAGCUAAUGAGGAGUAACAUUUUAAUUUUAUUUUUAAUUAAUGUAUGAUUGUUAAUAAUGUUUUAUCUCUUGAAGUUAAUGAUUUGAAUAUAUGUUGUAUCUAAAACCACUAAGCAUCUUGUUUAAUAUACAAAGAAGGUGAUUAUCUCCCUGAAUUCUCCUAUAAUCAGACCACAUUUGGAGUAUUUUAUUCAAUUCUAGGCACCACAUUUAAGCUGGAGAGUGCCUAGGAGAGAGCAGUCAAAAUAGUGAGAAUGUUCAAAACCAAUCAACAAGGGAUAAGUAGGGAUAUUUAGAAUUUUUUUCCAUAUAGAGGAAUUUUUUUUUCCAUUUAGAGGAAGGAUGAGAUAGUCUUUUUGGUCACAGAGAGAACUAAGACCAAUAAGAGGAAUCUCUAAGGAGCAACUCUUUUUUUGUUUGUUUGGUUUUUGUGGGGCAAUGAGGGUUAAGUGACUUGGCCAGGGUCACACAGCUAUUAAAUAGUGUCAAGUGUCUGAAGCUGGGUUUAAACUCAAGUUUUCCUGAAUCCAAGGCCGAUGUUUUAUCUACUGCUCCACCUAGCUGUAAGGAGGCAACUUCUUAACCAUUAGAACUGCCCAAACAUGAAAUGGAUUACUUUAUUUAAUAGUGGGUAUCCUGUCACUGUAGGUUUUCGUGAGAAAACUGAAUUGCGUCCUCUUUGGAAAUGUUCUAGACGAGAUUCCGUUUGUAGAAGGGGUUGGGUAUUAUGACCUCUGAGGCCCCUUCCAACCUAGUUCCUAGCACAUACUAAGCCCUUAAUAAAUGCUUUCUUUACCUAAGUUAUUUAAAAUAAUCAAAAUCAUUUUAGCCAAAAAUACUUCAUCUGUUUCCUAAUGCCUUUUAUCUACCUGAAAUAAGUCUUUAAUAGGCUUUUGUGAGAUAUCUAUAAAGGAAAUGUGAAUUAGUGAAUCCAUUACUGUAUCAUUAAAUCCUUUAAUAAAUUUCAUAGGUUUCACUGGUAACAGUAGUUUAAGUUCAGACUUUCAUGUUGAUUGUUAGGUCCUUAAGCUAUUAUGAAGAACAAUUUCUUUGUUAUAUGCAAAGUAUUCCAUUGAACUGUUGAAGUUUUCAGUAAUAAUAGUCCUACCAUGUGAAGUAUACUUGAUACUGAUUUUAUCCGAAUUAUAUACAUUAGUUAUCUCAUUUGUUCCUCACAACAAGUAAGGCAAGUAGCAUUAUCUCCAUUUGAUCUCUCCUGACAGACUUUGUGACUUGCCUAAGUGCCAGAACUAGGACCAAAGCCUGCCUCUUUUGAUUCCUUGUCCAGUAUUGUUCCCCAUUAUAUUCUGCUGUUGCCUUGUCUACCAGUGCACUUAUUAAUCUAGGGACAGCUGACAUUCUACCUCUCCCUCUAUCACCACCACAAUCCCUGUAAUCUUUUUUUACUGGGUUGGGUUUUUUUUUUCUUGAGUAAAAUUAAUCACUGAUUACUUUGGUGUAGUAUGAUAUCUAAAACACCAAAUCUAAUGGAAUUCUUUCUCACUAUAAAUUACUAAAGCUGAAGAUUGCUUCUUACAGUCAAUCUCCAUUUUUUUCAUUUGUAUUUUCCUUUUGAAAAUUCACAUCAAUGUAAAUUCUUGGGGGUUUUUUGUUUGUUUUGGGGGAUUUUUUUGCAGGGCAAGUGAGGGUUAAGUGACUUGCCCAGGAUCAUACAGCUAGCAAAUGUCAAGUGUCUGAGGCUGGAUUUGAACUCAGGUCCUCCUGAAUCCAGGGCUGGUACUUUUUCCACUGUGCCACCUAGCUGCUCUAUCAAUGUGAAUUCUUAACAGGGAUUUUAAAGUAAGAAACAUAGAACUCCAGAGGGCAUCUAACUAUAUUAAGCCCAUUCAUGUCUUCCACGUUAGUGAUGUUGUCUCUCUGGUCUUUAUCUGAAUGAUCUUCCAAGUUAGGGAGGUGAGAUUUUUAUUUUAAAUUGUAUGAUAAGAAAAUGUACUAAGUUUUAUUUAUUGCUGUCUUGUGAGGGAAACAAAUGAUAGAUGUUUGGUUGCGUGCCAGUAAGGUUCUCUCUACUAAAUUGGAAUAAACUUUAAAAGUAAGGACAAAAGAAAGUUUACAAACAUCUUUUAACAUGCAACUUUAUUUUUAAAAUAUGGCUAGCUCUGUCUACAGCUGAAGAAAGCCCAUUUAAAAUGUAGUUCUACCAGAAAACCUGAAUCAGAUUUAGACACAAGUUUCCACAUUUGGAAAAAAAAUGCUUAGAAUAGGAACUCUUAACCUGAAGUCCAUGGGUCUCCAAAGAUAGAUUUCAGGGGUUCCAUGAACUUUUACAGGAGAAAAAUUAGAUCUUCAUUUUUACUAGCCUCUGAUUGAAAUGUAGAAUAUCUUUUAAUUAUGAAUUUUAAAAAGUUAUUCUGAGAUGGAGUCCAUAGGCUUCAUCAGGCUGUCAUAAGGGGUCCACCAUCCCCCCAAAAUGUCUAGGAACUCCUGGCUUAGGAGUAUAACAUUACAGAUUUUCACAGGUAUAGAAGAACCUCAUAUAUCUUAAAGGAACAAAUUAUAUUAACAUACUAAUAGAAUAGUAUUUUAGAGCUAGAAGGAAUGUCAUCAUGGGUGCCUUAAAGAUUCUCUUAAUGUAACCUCUUCAUAACAGAUGGGAAAACAGAGGCCCACCCAUGUGAAUACUGUGCAUAGUGGUGACAGAAUGUUUCCUGUGUAGUGUGACAGAAGCAAACAAAAUCUACCACCACCAACCACAAUUGGCAGAAUUUCUCUUAACUUUGCCCAGGAGAAAGCUAUGCAUAGGUCACUUGUGUAUGUGGUGCUACCUAUUUUAUAUCUGUUUCCAGUUGUCCUUUUUCAGUUUGUUUUUGUUGACAUUUUUUAAAGAAUUUUUUUAUUUCCUAAAAUUUUGAACAAUUUUGAGAACUCCGGCCCUUUUUAACAAGGUAGGUUUGUGUUCACCCCUGUUUAAGAACAAUUCAUUUUUAUAAUCCUUUAUGGUUUACAGAGUAUUUUUUAUGGAUAUGGUUUCAUAACAAGCCCUUGAGUUAGAAUAAUUCGAGCAUAAUUUUCCUCAUGUUACAGAUGAAAAAACAAGAAUGGUGAAAUAAUUUGUUGUCCAAGGUUACUAAGCUAAUGAAUUGAACUAGAAUUGGAAUAUAGGUGUCUGACUUAAUAUUUUGUACUUCUUAGACUACAUCAUGUUGUCUCUCCAGCAUACUUUAUUCUUUUGUUAAGCUCAAAAAACAAAAGCCCCACAAAUGGCAUGGAAUUCAAUCUCAAGUGAAGUUAGUUUGUCAGAAUUCCCUAUUUUUUGAUGACCAAAUGUGUGAGAGAGUCCCUGUGUCUAUUUUGGGUAAAUUUGAAGAAAUACUUGUUGUUGUCCAUUCCACUGACACUUUUGUAUUUCAUACUCACAUAUACCAUUUGAUUUUGAAACCAAGAUAUGUAGCAGUAACUGCAUAUGUAACAACUUGAAAAUAUCAACUCUGAGUCAACAUAUUUCAAACAAAGAGGACAUGGUCUGAAAUUAGAAACAAAAGCAGAAUGAAGGUAGCAAAAACAUUCUUUCUUGCACAAAUGAUAUUUCUUAGCUUUCAAUUCUUUUGACAAGGUGCCAAUGUCACUUCUUUGUAAAUGGAAACUAUAUUUUGAAAUAAAUUUAUCAGUGUUAAUGUUUAAAA